CGCGCUCUCUCUCUCUCUACCUCUCUAGUUCGCUACGAUCGCUGCAGUCAUCCCUUUGGUGGCGGUUACUAUAGAAAGUUAGGGGUGCGAUCGAAGUAUGCGUUGAAAGCGCGGAUACGCACACAACCGUACUGGAAAGCUUACCAGCAGCAGGUUUUCUGGACGUAGCAGCGUAUAGUCGUCGUACGGUUUCUGCCGAGUGUGCACCUGUAAUUAAUAGCCAGCACGAAAAUGUUCUCCUGCGUGUUGCUAGUCGGACUGCUCGUCCUCUACAUGAUCUGGGACGUAAACUACUUCCUCCGGUGCGUCGCCACACUCGGCUACGGCAUGCUGUUCCAGCGCAAACGCAAAGUUACGGAACAGACGGCCAUCUACGGACUUUGCACAACCCAGGACGUGGACAUCUUCAUCCGUCACAUGAACAAUGCACGGUACCUGCGGGAGCUUGACUUUGCACGCUUCCACUUCUAUGGGCUGACCGGUAUUUAUGGUAAAAUUAAGGCUAAACGUGGUGGCGCCGUACAGGGAGCUUCCAGCGUGCGCUAUCGCCGAACGAUCCCCAUCUUUACCGCGUACAAAAUCACCACCAAGCUGGUGUGGUGGGACGACAAGGCGAUCUAUCUGGAGCAACAGUUUGUGACACUGGCGGAUGGGUUUGUGCGCGCCGUCGCCAUGUCCAAACAGUGCAUAACCAAUGUGGAUGUGCUGGAGCUGAUGAAGGAGUUCCCUGGUGCGGAGCAGAGACCGGCGAUGCCGGAAGAACUCAAACUGUGGCUGGAUUCGAUCGAGAUGUCUAGCCAGAAGCUGCGCAAAGAUAAGUAGAGUACAGUUUCGGGCAUUACUUAAGAGUAUUUUGUAUUUUUUGGGAAUUUUGGGGGGGGGGGGGCUGGGGGGCUUCUUGCCCAUGUGCAAGAGAGCGCAAUCAUAUGACAGAUAGUUUAUUAAGUACGCGCGUUUCCAAUCGACAUUUCAUCGCAGGAAUUAGCACACAAUUCACAAUAAAGUUUGAAACAGUUGGGAACACACA